ACCCUCCCAAUCUCACAACCGCACAGCCAUUCCAACGGCAGCAUAAAAACCAUAGGCACGACCUCGAUCCGGAAACCAGAGCGCUCGAAACCUUCACAAACCCAUUCAUUCCCUGUUCCUACACGACACUCCUCUUCUUCUCAACAGCCAUAUUACCUGCCUCCACCAGCCGAACGCUCAAGUUACCGGCCAAAUGGUCCUAAUCGCCAGAACUCGGUACAGACUAGAUACAUGUCCAUGCUAUUAGGACUUGAUACCAUUCCACGGCUACACAAUAUCUUAGCUUCAUUCUUUACGUGGAUAUUGCUCGCUGGCUUCAUCAUUUUCCCCGGAACAUUCACCUCCCUCCAAACCAACCUCUCCACAAACCCCACCAUCGACUCCUCCACCACGGCAACCGCCAUCCUCCACUCCUUCAAACAUCUCUCUUUGAUAAUCAUCGGCAGCAUCUGCUGCGGCAUCGGCGCCCUCGGCAUGAUCUGGCUCUGGCACGCGCAUUCCAACAACUACGUCUGGCUCCUAAACCGGAUCUUCCUCCCGGGCUGCCUGAACUCCUUCGCUGGUCUGAUCAGCACGUUGAUUAACGUGUACAGCCAGCAAGGCGGC